UCCUACCUUGGUACCUUGGUACCGUCUAGCUCAGUCUGUCUCCUUUAGUUGAAAGAAACUCUACAGUUGUUACCAUCUGCAAUCAUGGUGAAACUCUUCCUUUGCUUGAUCAUCCUUACUCUGAUGUCAGAAGUAAUUGCAUCGAAACCCUCUCUGAAUUCAUACGGGUCACAUUCUGGCAGGAACUACUUAGCAAUCAGAGAAAGAAGAGAGGUCACAGAGUCGCAUCAGAAUACAGCAGCAGCUGUCCACGCGUUGGAGGAACCGGCAACAGACGUAGAAGACAGAAGAGAGGUCACAGAGUCGCAUCAGAAUACAGCAGCAGCUGACCACCCGAUGGAGGAACAGGAAGCAGACGUAGAAGAUAGAAAAGAGGUCAUAGAGUCGCAUCAGAAUACAGCCGCAGCUGUCCACAUGUUUGAUGAACUUUUAGUAUUAGAAGACAGAAGAGAGGUCACAGAGCCGAAUCAGAAUACAGCAGUAGCUGCUAACCCUUUAGAAGAGGUAGCAGAGAUAGACAUAACAGAUGAAGGUGAAGGUGAAGAAUUCAUUCAUUCUAUUGGACAAAAAAAUACUAACAUGACAUACGGAAUUAACCAUGGUGAGCCUUUAAUGAACAGUAACGAAACUAUUCUGAGCAAUAUUUUUAAACCCUAUUUUUCUAAUAAUAGUGAAGACUUAAUCGAAAGACCUUACCCCCGUCUUUAUGAAAUACCAGCUAUAAUAUUAAUACGUCUUCAAGAAUUUAAGAAACAAAUCAACGAUUACCUUGAAAUGAGAGAAAAGUUUGCAAACACAUCCGACAUAAAUAAAUUAUUCUUGGAGAAAGAAAGUUUAUUUGAAGAGUUGAAUACCACAUCAGAGUACAAAUCUUCACCGGAAAUAGUGUUGCCUGACAGCAAUCCUUUACCAAAAUAUUCCUCAGAAAUGGAUUUUUCACAUGACCACAUCAAUAGAAACGUUGGUGAUUUAAAUACAAAGGCAGAAGAAACUCCCAUGUUCAUUGGAGGUCAAUGGUAUUUUCCAAAUAACGAUACUGCUUCACCAACAAACUUGACACAGGAAGAAAGUGUUCCAAAACAACUUCUAUUGUCUUCUGCCAGCUCACAUGUGCUAGAUCCUUCAACCGUAGAAGAUGCAGGACAUUCUGUUGAGAUCCUUUCAGAAGAUAUAAUAUUUAGUUCAGCUGAGCUACCAAUAGAUCAUCACUCUGUAGCAGACUCCUUGGUUACUGAAGACAUUGAAAGUGAUCUCUCUGUUAUAAAACAAGAUAAACUCGAAGAUUCGGCCUUUGGUGAUAUAGUGUCCUCAGAUGAUAAAGUGCUGUCCUCUGAAUUGAUAUCAUCGGAUGACGAUUCAACGUUUGAUGACUCCAUGGUAGCUCCUGAUGUACAGCCUGUACAAAGUGGAAUGAACUCUUCUGAGAAAACAUUAAUUGUUGAAACAACUUUUGAUGUUAAAUCCUUUCCAGACACGUAUGUAGUUGAGCCUCAGAAAGAAUCUGAUUUAAUUUCAGCAGAUUUGUAAGUGAUUACUAAGUGCGAGUCAAAUAUUUUUUAAAUCUUUCACAGCCAAUAACCUUAAAAUUACAUUACUCGGGUUAAUAUGGCAAUAUAAAAUGUUUAGAACAUGAUGUAAAUGUAACUAUUCUAUUCCAUCUUAAUAAGUUAUAAACCAAUUACUUCCAAUUAAUAAAACGUGCAAUA